AUGGCUCCUGGUUCUAGCGCCAGCCUGUACUCACAGAACGGAAGUCAUCCUCCGAAAUCCCCGUCGCCUCCUCCUUCGCAGCAUCGCCGGGGGUACCAGGCCUGCGAUCCGUGCCGCAGGCGCAAGGUGAAAUGUGAUCUGGGAAGCGUCGAUAACCCCCGCCCUCCACCCUGCGUACGAUGUCGUCGCGAAAGCAAACGAUGCGAGUUCUCUGCCACCCGGCGCAAGCGCAAACCCUCCGAGGUAGACGAGAACGUGGACGGAGUGCUCCGUCGGGAUAAACGAAUGAUGGUCGGGGAUACGGCAGAUGAUUCGUCCUCGAGGAAUGUCUCGCCAUUCCCGCAAGUCGAACAGCAGCAGCCCACAUCGUUCGAUGCAGAGCCCGAUCGUUCUCCGCAGAAGUGGUCUGAGGGGCCUUCUACCACAACGGCUAGUCAGAGAUAUCCCCAAGUCAAUGCGCCCAGUCAGCCAGCUGCGACUGCUACGGCGACCGCGACUGCGCGGCAUCUCCAAGACACAAGGAACCAUCUCUGUCCGCCUGUCUAUCCGAUCGGGGAGCGAGGUACUGGAGCGAGUUAUGGUCUUGAGGGAGGGCCGCCUAUGAUGAAUCGUACUGCUGUUGAAUUGUUGUCACCUGCUAUCAGUAACAGCCACGAUGCGCUACACCUGUUGUCUGAAGCAGCGGGAAGGACUGAGGAUCUGAACCGCCAGAGUAUGGAGAACCGCUAUGCUGCUCGACCAUCUGCCUCGUCGUUCAGCUCGCCCAUAUCGCCAAUGACUCAGGGUGGUACACCGCGAAGUGCAGGAGGGUCGUUCUCGAGGACACCACGGGCUGGGGCUAUGUCCAUGGGGAACUACUAUCAACCUGUUUCUUCUGGUCCUGUGGAUGGGCAGAUGUCUGGUAGUCGUGGGCAGGCUGAGGGUGCAGGCACGUUCCAGGAUCCGGGGUUUGUGGACGCUGUCAAGGCGUGGUCGCGGUUACGUUUCGUUCGUGCUGGGUGGCUUACGGUUGAAGAGGCGAUGGCUUAUGUGGCAUACUACUAUGAACAUCUCGCUCCGCUGAGUCCAAUCGUCGUUCCGGACUUCUCGCAACCUUCGACCCAUCGUACGCUACUCACUGAUGAGCCUGUAUUGGCAGUUACGAUCCUUACUACAGCCUCGCGGCAUAUGAAGCCAAAGGGGGAUGGGUCAUACACGCGCUCCUUUUACAUUCACGACCGACUUUGGUCAUAUCUUCGCGGUAUGAUCGAGCGUCUUUUCUGGGGCCAGGAGAAGUUUGGUGGACAUGGCAUUGGCAGCGGGCCCCGGGCAUUCGAUUUCAGUUCCGUGUCAAAGAUGAAUCAGAAGGGGAACCUGAGGUCUCUGGGGACUGUGGAAGCUCUGUUGUUGCUUACGGAUUGGCACCCGAGGAACCUACACUUCCCGCCUGGUGAUGAUGAGAAUGCGCUCUUAGACCUGGAUGCUCAGGCGCACAGUCGGUCUGAGAUGGAGAACGACGGCGACCCCAUCAACCGAACCGCAACUAGCAACGCCGGCGAAGGACGACUUGCAUUCCAAACAUGGCUAGAGCCCGCCUGGCGCUCAGACCGGAUGUCCUGGAUGCUCCUAAGCACAGCACAAGCCCUAGCCUUCGAACUGGGGGUCUUUGACCAGAAAAGCGAAUCCAAAAUCGCUAAUGAAUCACCAAUAGAACAGACCCGAAAGCGACGCCUGCGCCGUCUCAUCCUCGUCUACGUCUCGCAGAGCAGCGGCCGUUUAGGAAUUCCGUCCAUGCUUCCACUCCCGCAAUGGGCUAACGACAUCCAGCCAACUUCGCCAGCAGAUGCGAAUGGGUGCGAUACGAACGUCGACCGGAUGCAAGAUUCUUGGAUCGGGAUUUCGAAGAUCAUGUAUCAGGCGAAUCAGCUAUUGUUCGCAUCGAAUGAGCAGACCUCGGAGUUGAUUCGUAGCGGGCGGUAUCGUGAUCAGAUUGAUCGGUUCCAGCCGUUUUUCAGGGAGUGGAGGCAUAAUAUCGAUACGAUUAAGCUUGCUCCUGCGAUGCGGCAAAUUCUGAUGAUUGAGUAUGAGUAUACUCGUGUGUAUGUAAAUUCGUUGGCCCUCCAAGCUGUGGUAGAUCGCUGGACAACAAUGUCGAACGAAGCUGCACAGAACCAGAAAGGUCUUCCAACUGGUAAUGCAUGGUUCGGGGUCUUAAUGGAACUCUACCGCGUGAACGAGCAAUACAUCCAAGAAGUCGUGGACGCCUCACGUCGGAUUCUACAAAUCGUCCUAGACGGACUCGUACCAGGGGACCAUCUCAAACACACACCCGUGCGAACCUGCUUCCGAAUCCUCUCCGGCAUGAUCUUCAUCCUCAAGACAUUCACCCUCGGUGCAAAAGAGGAUGACGUGCGCGUAUCCCUGGACCUCCAAGACCGCGUUGUCGAAGCAAUGCGAACCUGCGUCGUCGACGACGUCCACCUAAACCACGCUAUCUCGCGACUCCUAGAACUCCUCACGACAAGCAUUCGCACGCGUUUCCUCCGUUUCGCACCCUUAGACCGCGCCGGCGAUGGCGAAGGCAGCCAGAGCCAAAGCCAAGAACGUCCCUCAGCACCUAUCUCCCGCCAUCAAUCACCGUCACGCAGCCGCAGAGAAGGUUCCAGCAAUGCCUGGCCCUCCGCAAACCUGAACUUCAUGGACUCCAGCGCCACCACCGGUCCAAACACAACCAUGUCCUCCCUCCACGACCCGCUAGCCGGUAUCCCGGCGCAACCUAUCAACUCCUCAAACAUCAACGUCUCCUUUAUGCCCCCGCCUCCAUCAGUCUACUAUAACUACUACGACGCCGCCUCUGGCGAUUUAGACGACUCGAAUAACGUUCCCUCUCACUCUAUGCACGACAAUACCAACGCGAAUGCAAAUGCAAACGCAAACGCAGGCGCGCUGCCAGAUUGGUUCGCCCUACCACUGGAUCAGUUCUUCAAUAGCUCGACCACGGUCGUCGAUCAGGGAUUGGGUGGGACAGGGCCGAUGCUGGGAGAGUUUGAUAUGUUGGAGGUGCUGCUUAAUGAGCAGCAUGAUGGGAAUGGAGACGGUGUUGGUGUUGAUUCGGGAGGGGAUGGGUUGGGAGGGACGUCGCAUUUGAUGCAGUCGUGA